UUUUCUGUUAUGACUGUUUUCUCUCUUCCACAGCCAUGAUUGUAAUUAGUUGAGUGACUUCGACCUCCAUCAUGGGUGACUUAGAUUUGGAUACAAAAAUAUGUGAUAACACAAUGGAAUUCAUUGCUGUUAAGGAAGAAAACACAGAAGAGAAUGGUAAGGAUGAAUACUGGAAAGUUAAGGAAGAAAUUAUUGAUGGCAGAGAUGAAGAAAAUUAUAUUUAUACAAAAAAUGAAGGUGAAAGUCCAGUGUCCAAAGAAGUCAUAAGUCUAAGUGAGGAAGCAUUUGAGAAUGAUUCAGAAGAGGAAUGUGAUGAAGAGAAUACGAUCUGUAUAAAGACUGAAGAUGAAUGUCUAGAAGGAGAAACUGUUGGUCAUUUUGAUGAAGAGAAUGUUGUCUUUAUAAAGGAAGAAGAGGAAGAUGCAAAAGAUGAAAAUUCAGUGUCAGAGAAAUUAAUAGGUCCUGAUGAAGAGGCAGCUGAAAAUUGCUCAGAUAUUUACAUGUUUGAUGAUGAAGAUCCCUUGUCAUCAAAGUCACUUCCAGCAGAGGAUCAUGCUAAUACAUGUUCCUCUGAUGAUGGUCAGCUUGUACGAGCACUUAAGAAUGAUGCAACAGGGAAACAUUUAUGUGACCUCUGUGGUAAGAGAUACCCUUUUAUGAGUAAGCUUUUGCGUCAUAUGAGGGUACAUACAAAUGAGAAACCUUACAACAAUGAAGUAUGCAAGCAAAUAUUCUCUAAUCAAAAUGGUUUCUUAAAAUACAUGGACACAUAUACCAAAUAUGGACAUUUCACAUGUGAAGUAUGUAAUAAGUCAUUCUCCUUAAAAGAUGAUAUAAUGAUGCACAUGAAAAUACACAGAAAGGAGAAACCUUAUGUAUGUGAGAUAUGCAGUAAAGUAAUAUCUGGAAAAAGUGGACUAGAGAAACACAUGAGAGUACACACAAAGGAGAAACCUUACAGCUGUGAGGUUUGCAGCAAGGCAUUCUCUCAGAAACCCCAUCUAGAAUCCCAUAAGAGUACUCAUCUAAAAGUUAAACCUUUCAACUGUGAGUUAUGCAAAAAGCCAUUCUCCUGUAAAAGUAGUAUAAGGAAGCACAUGAGAUUACAUUCAAAUAAGAAACCUUUUAGUUGUAAAGUUUGUAGGAAGGCAUUCACAGUGAACUAUCAUCUAGUGGACCACAUGCAUGUACAUUCAGAGGAGAAACCUUUUUCUUGUGAUGAAUGUAAAAAGGCAUUUGCUAGGAAAGAUGAUUUAGCAAGACACAUGAGAAUACAUACACAUGGGAAGCCUUAUACUUGCAGUGUAUGUAGUAAAUCAUUCUCACGGAAACAUAGUCUAGGGGUGCACAUGAGGGUACAUACGAAGGAAAAACCUUACAGUUGUGCCACAUGUAAUAGAGCUUUCUCAGAGAAACGUAAGCUAGUGAAGCACAUGAAAGUACAUGCAAAAGAAAGAACCUUACAAUUGGUUCAUGGAGUGUCUUUCAUAGUAAUAUUUGUGAGUUAUCUUUGCAUGCAAAUGACUCCACAAGUGCUCAGCUACCAAAGAGUCAAUGAGUAUACCUAUACUUCCAUCAUGGAUGACUUAGGUUUGGAUACAAAAAUAUAUAAUGCAGUGGAAUUCAUUGCUGUUAAGGAAGAAGACACAAAAGAUAUUGGUAAGCAGGAAUUGCAGAAAGUAAAAGAAGAAGUUAUUGAUGGUAGAGAUGAAGAAAAUGCUAUUUAUAUAAAAAAUGAAGAUGAAAGUCCAGUGUCCAAAGAAGUCAGAAGUCUAAGUGAGGAAGCAUUUGAGAAUGAGGACUGUGAUGAAGAGAAUACUAUCUAUAUAAAGACUGAAUAUAAAUGUCUAGAAUUGGAAGAAGUUGAAAGUCUUGAAGAAGGAGCAGUUGAGACUGACUCAAUAGAAACUGUUGGUCAUUUUGAUGAAGGGAAUGCUAUUUUUAUAAAGGAAGGAGAGGGAGAUGCAAAAGAUGAAAAUCCAGUGUCUGAAAAAUUAAAAAGUCUUGAUGAAGAAGCACCUGAAAGUUGCUUAGAUGCUUUUAUGUAUGAUGAAGAUCCCUUGUCAUCGGAAUCACUUGUGGCAGAGGAUCAUGUGAAUACGUGUUCCUCUGAUGGUGGGCCGCUUGUAAGAUCACUUAAGAAUGAUGCAAAAGGGAAACAUUUAUGUGACCUCUGUGGUAAGAGGUUCCCUUUUAUGAGUAAGCUUUUGCGUCAUAUGAGGGUACAUAAAAAUGAGAAACCUUACAACAGUGAAUUACACAAGCAAGUAUUCUCUAAUCAAAAUAGUGUCUUGAAAUACACGGACACACAUACCAAUGAUGGGCAUUUCACUUGUGAAGUAUGUAAUAAGUCAUUCACCUUAAAAGAUGAUAUAGUGAUGCACAUGAGAAUACACAGAAAAAUGAAACCUUACAAAUGUGAGGUAUGCAAUAAAGUAUUAUCUGGAAAAAGUGGUCUAGAGAAGCACAUGAGAGUACACACAAAAGAGAAACCUUAUAGUUGUGAGAUUUGCAGCAAGGCUUUCUCUCAGAAACCCCAUGUAGAAUCCCACAUGCGUACUCAUCUACGUCUUAAACCUUUCAACUGUGAGGUAUGCAAAAAGCCGUUCUCCUGUAAAAGUAGUCUAACUAAGCACAUGAGAUUACAUACAAAGGAGAAACCUUUUAGUUGCAAAGUUUGUAGGAAGGUAUUCAAAGUGUACUUUCAUCUUCUUGACCACAUGCAUAUACAUACAGAGAAAAAACCUUUUUCUUGUGAUCUAUGUACAAAGGCAUUUGCUAGGAAAGAUGAUUUAGCAAGACACAUAAGAAUACAUACACAUGGGAAGCCUUAUACUUGCAGUGUAUGUAGUAAAUCAUUCUUAUGGAAACACAAUCUAGUGGUGCACAUGAGGGUACAUACAAAGGAAAAACCUUACAGUUGUGCCACAUGUAGUAGAGCUUUUUCAGAGAAAUGUAAGCUGGUGAGGCACAUGAGAGUACAUGCAAAAGAAAGAGCCAUAUAAUUGAACUUUGUCUUUUAACCACUCUGUGGUGAACCUCAAAAUCACACAAAUAUAUAAAGCCAUUUAUUAAUGAAAGAGGUGUAAUGGAGCAUUUUCACAGAAAAUAGCACUAGUGGUGCAUAUGACUUUACAUUUCAGUCCUUUGAAGGAGGUCCAUUGGAAUACGUAUAUUGCAGUGACAGAAGGUAUGUAUUUUGGUAUCAGCUACAUCAGAAUGUAGCCAUGUCCUCUUUUCCUUCUGUAAACACAUGCUGUGGAACAUAGGUUCUUUGUUCUUUAAAUCAACUGCAUGCAAGCUGUAAAGUACUCGGUAUUAAUAGAAAUGUAAAGAGCAUAUUUGAACAGCUUUAGAAUUUAAUCGUAAGACCAUAAGAACAUAAUUAUGGCUUUUGAUAGCCUUUUUAUUAUAUUUUUAGUAAUAAUUCUAUUGUGACAUGUUACAGAUUGCACAUAUUGCUUUUAUUAUUAUUAUUAUUAUUACUAUAUUUAUAUCUUUAUACUAUUAAGUAUAUGUAAAUAUCCACAUGAAUCCUUCUACUCAAGGAAAGUUUUAGAAAAGUGUGUGUUGUUGGGACCACCCCCUCUAGCCUGACUGCUGAGCUUUAAUUGGCAUUUGGAAUAUGUGCCAUGAAUUGUUAAUAGGUUAACAAUGUAUUUUCCACUUAGUUAACCCUUACCCUAUAUAUUUUGCUGCAGAGUACACAGAUCAACCAUAUCUAGUAUAUGGCUUCUCCCAUUCAUACUACUCCCUUGUCAAAUUGAUUUAUGCUUAUGAAAAUACUCCAUAUAUGCCAGACAUCUCUUGUGACUACUGUAAAAGUAUUAUUGGAUUUCUAUAAUAAAUACAUAUGUUCACA